AUGAAUUAUAUUGAUUAAGGCUCGGCUCUUUCAAGAAAAGUUCCCAAUCGAAAAUUGUCCAAGAAGAAUUCUUUGUUUUAUUAAGUAUUGAAGUUAUGUGAGCAUUUCUAGCAAUCAGUUUUUGAGAAUGAGGAAUUUAUGUAAAAGUAUGAAAAGAAUGUCGAUCAAUUAAUCACAGUGAUUGAAGAGCCAGAAUUGAAAGAAGUGAUCCAAAAUAGAAAUGAGAAGUUUUUCUAAGUUUUGGAGCAAAUAAUCAAAGUGGAAUCAUCAAUUAAGGAGUUUGCCAAAGGGUAAUCCAAGAUGUUAAUUUAGGUAUUAAAAGUAUGGAUUUAUUGUAUCUGAUACAGGAAUAACUUAUAGAGAAUGGGCACCAAAUGCAAAAGAAUUAAAAUUGAAUGAAUUUGGCUGCACCACUGACAAUGGAGGAAAUUGGGAAGUAUUUAUACCAAAGGAUGAUGAUGAUAAUCAUCAAAUCUAACAUGGAAGUACUCUGAUCACCUAUUGUGACUAACUCGAAAGAGCUUCAGUAUGGAGUAGUGUUAAGCAGGGAGAGUAAGCAAUAUUUUGGAAUCCAGACAACAAGUACGAAUUUCAAUAAUAACAAUUGCAACAAAAGCAACAAAGCAAAGGGUUGAAGGUCAUCAAGUAGAAGGCAACGGAAUUGUAAGGAGUGAAUGGAUACAAUACAAUAAUGAUUACACAAUAAUUACUAAUGUAAGUGGAUGUAAAUUAAAUAACACCAGAUGACUUGAAAAGAAACAUAGACACUCUUCAUCAAAAGGGUUAUUCUGUCAUAAUGGAGAUUGAUCAUGAAUAGAUAGGAAAAUACUUGAAUAAUUGGGAUGGAACUGGAUAUCAAUACUUAAGAGAGGGAGUAGAGCAGUUGGAUUAUGGAAAAUGGGAAGUCUUGAGAUUAUUGUUGUCAAACAUAUCUUUUUGGAUCACUGAAUAUCAAAUAGAUGGAUUUAAAUUUACUAAUAUAGAAAUAUAGGAUGACAUUGAUGCAACAGUCUACUUGAUGCUUGCAAAUGAUCUCAUUCAUGACUUGCUACCCAACGGCAUUAGCAUAAUCUAAGACUUGGAUUAUCCAGUUCUCUGUAGAACAAUCAAAGAGGGAGGUUUGGGUUUUGAUUUUCGACUAUCUAAGUUACAACAUAAAUAAUACUAACCAAAGACACUGUUUGAAAAUACUGGGACAUAUACUUAAGCUCAAAUAUUAAAUGCACUUGUGAUUGGUUCAGUAAGAAUUUCAUUAAUUGUAGGGAUUGAUAUAAGAGAUUGCGGAUGAUAAAUUUGUAUAAUUUGAACAAUAAUUUGGGUGGUUGCAUGAUGAAUUUGCAGAAGUCAAUUAAGUAGAUUUUGUGUUGCAAGUUAAAAGGGGCAAAUUUACAUUUUUGAUAAAUCAUACAAAUGAAGUACAAUUAAUUAUAUGAGAUAGAACAGAGAAAUUGAAUUGAAUUUAAAGAUAAACAAGAUUUUAAACAAGGAGGAUCAAAAGUGGGAAUAGUUGGAUGAAAAUACCAUAAAAUUAACAAUUGAGUCAGAAUAGGGAUUGAUAAUUGAGUGA